AUGUCCACAAAAGGCGAUAAUGACGAGGUCAGAGAUUUAGAACUGGAGAGAAUAAUUGGUUUUAAUGGUAAAGUUCAAGCAGGUCUGAUAGUUCACCCAGACAGAGAGCACCUCAUAUACCCUCUCGGAUGCAACAUCAUUAUAGAGGAUAUCAAUAAGGAUGCUAAACAGAGCAUUUUGUCCAGCCACACCAACAACAUAACAUGCCUAGCUGUCUCUAAUGAUGGACGUUACAUAGUUUCAGGCCAGCAAACAUUCAUGGGAUUCAAGGCCUGCAUGACUUUGUGGGACUACGCCAGUAAAACUGUAUUCAAGAAAUGGGAGCUUCAUAAAGUCAAAGUAGAAUCCGUGGCAUUCUCCAAAAAUUCAAAAUACAUAAUCUCUCUAGGAGGGCAGGAUGAUGGAUCUGUUAUUGUCUGGGAUGUCGCAACUAAAGAGCCCAUUUGUGGUUCUCCUGCACAGGGAGAAAGCAGUGGUAUAACCACAUGUUUGGCAACUUCAAAAGUCAGUGAUGACAUCUUUGUGACUGGAGGAAACAAUGUUCUUCGUGUGUGGACAAUUGAAAAGGGAAAUCGUAAAAUUAAAUCUUCAGACACAAAAUUAGGAGGUUUCAAACGCAUCAUCAACUGCAUUGAGAUGGCAGAUGAUCAAGAUGAAAAAAGACCAUAUUUUUUCUGUGGAACAACCACUGGGGACAUUCUGUGUAUCAACAGAAACACAAACAUCCUUCAGUUUGAGGUGCCAGAAAAAAAUAAAUUCAGUCUUGGAGUUACGUGCAUUUCAUUUGUCAAAAUGACGGAAAAAGGCUUCAACUUGAUUGUUGGUUCUGGAGCCGGAGUUGUUGGAAAUUAUGAUAUUGGCUUUGAUGUUGAGAGUGGUAACAAACAAAAAGCAUUUUUAAAGCACAGAGCUGAUGUGAAAUCAUGGAAACACAGAGAAGAAACAAGUGCUGUCACAUCCAUUGCAAAGAGAGGAGAAGGUCAUCAGUUUUUUGUAGGCACAGCUCACUCUCAAGUUUACAAGUUCCAGAUUGCAGACUUUACAGCAGAGCUGGUGAAGACUUGCCACUCCUGCCCUGUCAAUGAUGUCAUCUUUCCAUUCGGUGUAGCUCAGCUAAUUUUGACAUGCCAGGAUGGAGAAAUCCGGGUAUGGAAUCUGUCAACUGGCAAAGAACUACGCAGAUUUGUUCUGGCCAACAAGAUCUGCAAUGUCCUUGCAAUUUCACGUGAUGGGAAAACUAUUGUUUCAGGAUGGAAUGAUGGACGAAUGAGAAUCUUUGGUUUCAAAACCAAAGAUCUCUCACUGGAGCUGAAGCAUGUCAUCAUGGAUGCUCACAACAAGGGAGUUACCGCCCUUGCUUUAACAUCUGCAGGAAACACUAUUAUCAGCGGUGGAGGAGAGGGCAUGAUACGAGUGUGGGAUAUUGUUAGUGCAACUGAUCACACUGGUAAAAAGGAAAUAAGAGCUGAAUUGCGACACAGCUUUAAAGAGCACAAAAAUUUUGUAUCUGAAAUUAUCAUGCGCUCCAAUGACAAGGAGUUUGCCUCUGCGGGUGGUGAUGGGGCAACAAUCAUUUGGGAUUUGGUGAAAGGAACUCGGAAGAAUGCUGUUUUUGCCAACACACUUUUUAAAAGUGUGGCAUUUGGUGAGGAAGAACUUCAGAUACUUACCUGCGGCACAGACCACAAGCUUGGAUACUGGGAAACAUACGAUGGAUCCUUGAUUCGAGAGCUGGAAGGUUCCAAGUCUGGAGCAAUCAACUCUCUAGAUAUAACGACUGACCAACGUUACUUUGUCACUGGUGGAGAAGAUAAGCUUGUCAAACUUUGGCUCUACAGAGAGGGAGAAGUCACACAUGUUGGUAAAGGUCACAGUGCCAGCAUCCUGAGAGUCCGCAUUGCACCAGACAUAAAGAGUAUAGUUAGUGUCAGUGAAGAUGGAGCCAUUUUGCAGUGGAAGUUUCCAAAUUUGUAG